GCCUAUUCUACACCUGGAAAGCCGCGGGAGGAAUAAAGGAGAGCGGGAAGGCGGGGCUGCCUUCUUGGCCCACCUCUCCACUUCUGCGAUUGGUUGUGAGGCCUUCGGUCUCCGCCCUGCUGGCCUGCGCCUGCGCGAGACUCAGGGCGGCGAGUUGCACCUGAUGGUGGGAGGUAGUAGCCCUCCCGUUCUCUUCCGCGAGCGGGAGAGUUAGAUAGCCACUCAAGGAAACACCAUGAAAGAUACUGACAUCAAGAGACUGCUGUAUGCCCAUCUUUUAUGCAUAUUUUCAAUUAUCCUAAGCAUCUUCAUUCCAUCAUUCUUCUUGGAGAACUUCUCAAUAUUGGAAACACACUUGACAUGGUUGUGCAUCUGUUCUGUUUUCGUAACUGCUGUCAAUUUAAUAUUAUAUUUAGUAGUGAAAUCAAAUGCAUCAUCUAAAAGAAGUUCAUUAUCAUACAAGGUAACCAGAUUUUUGAAGUGCUGUAUCUACUUACUUCUGUCCUGUUUCUCCUUUCAUGUAGUUUUUGUUCUAUAUGGAGCACCACUGAUAGAGUUGGUAUUGGAAACAUUUUUACUUGCAGUUAUUCUGUCUACUUUUACUACUGUACCUUGUUUAUGUUUGUUAGGACCAAACUUCAAGGCAUGGCUAAGAGUUUUCAGUAGAAAUGGGGUUACAUCCAUUUGGGAGAAUAGUCUCCAGAUCACUACAAUUUCUAGUUUUAUAGGAACAUGGCUCGGAGCCUUUCCUAUUCCACUUGAUUGGGGAAGACCAUGGCAGGAAUGGCCCAUCUCCUGCACGCUUGGAGCGACCUUUGGCUACGUGGCUGGCCUUGUUAUUUCACCACUCUGGAUAUACUGGAAUAGAAAGAAACUUACAUACAAGAGCAAUUAAUUGGAGCAAAGGGAGAAGAUACCUCUUUGUGCAGAUUCCAUAAAGACUGUGCAGAAAUGUAUAUGGUCUAAGCCAGGCAGUUCCACUUAACAGCACUGUUUGUUUUGUUUUGUUUUUUAAAUGUAGUUACAACAGGAUGUGAUUGUAGCUUUUUAAACUAUGAAACCCCUGAGAGAUUGUACCUUCUAGUUGAAAUAAAGUAUUUAUAAUAGA